AUGGCGGCACAGGCGUGGCAUCAUCCUCAACUUGCCCAGCAACAGCAGCAAGCGGCGGCGGCGGCUCAGGCUCAAGCUGCUCGUCGCCAACCCGUGAACCCAUACAAACGAGUGCCGAAACCACCUAGUGCCGAAUACCUCGCCACGAAACUGAGCGACAACCCCCUUGGCCUUGAGAAUAUGGACCCUUCCAAGUCGUUGUACAAGGACAUUCCCGAGAGCACGCCGUGGAUCUGGCAGACGAAGCCGCUUGAAGAGGAGUCGGAUGAGGAUGAUGCAGGGGAUGCCACCGAUGAGGAGCCUGACUUUGUAGACAGGAGCUCCCACCAAGCAAGGGGUCAGGUCGCUCCUUCAGAAUCGUUCACGUCAAAGGUCGAGCUCAAACCAACCUUUUCGAUGAGCAUCGUGCGCACACCCGACUUCUAUAAUCGGCGGGCUUCAUCUGCCAACAUCGAAGACCAGAUGAAUACUCGACUUCAUAUAUCCAACACUAGCAGGCAAUCGUCGGGGUCGUCGCCUACAUCAGAGGUUUCAUCGUCGUCCAACGCGUCCAUCACAGGCGUAUCGACCUUAUCUGACGAACCCGUUUCGAUCCUCAGCCCCCUUAUGAUACCUACAACCCCAAAACCCUCAUCGAGUGCCCGAGCCCUUGCGGAAAAGAGUUCGUCUCUCAAUCGCCACGCCACUCUGAGCACAAUACCCGAAUCAUCGUCAAACACUUCAUCGAUGACGAGGACUGCCACCUACCCGAGUGUCUCGUCCGCGUCCGCCUAUGCCGCAUCCCUCAACACAUCCUCGGGUACACCAUCUCGACAGGGUGGAAGGCACUCAUAUGAUACCCCGUCGUCGCGCCCGACCUCACAGCAUCCUUCACCCACCCUCGAUCCUUCUUCACAGCCGCACACACCUCCAAAUGCACCUCCGAGCGCCCAAAGGCCUUAUCCUCCACCUGGCUAUACUCGCUCACCACCUCCACAUCAUCCAACAUACCCUAUCCCUACUACUUCACCAUACAAUACGCGAUCGCCACCACCUGCGUCCACCUCCGGACCGUACCCAUCUCAGUCCCUACCACCGCCGCCUUCUAGUGCCCCAGCCGCCUACUCGUCUUCCAAGUCUCCGCCCCCACCUCCCAAUACAAGCGGUCCCUAUCCAAUCAGUAUGUCUCCCCCUCCGGCAAGUACGUCAUCACGAGCGGGGUUGUCCCAGUCACAGUCGUGGACGCAAUCGUUCGCGUCGAAUUACUACCAGACACCACCCCACAGCGCGUCUUACGGGCCUGGUUCGUUUAACCGAGAACGAGAUAGGGAAACGGGCAGUUCGACGCCAUCGAGGGCUUCGUCGCGGAGGAACUCCUCUGCAGCAUUGAAUGUUGGUGGAGGUAGUGGUGGAGGAGGAAUGGCUGGAGAGGGUCAGAGCUCUGCACAGCACCAACAAUCCACUUAUCCACAACAGGCGUCUUCAAGUGGUGUACCACCGCCACCCAGUUAUCCUCAACAGUACCCGACGAAUCUGGGCAGCAGUCAUACAACAAUUGUUCCUUAUCCUACUCCGCCUUCUGGUCCUUCGUCAUCGCCGACCAAAGAGCCUUCCGCCGCUUCCACACAGGGGUACCCGUAUAGCAUCAACAAUGCAUCACCAUCGAAGCAGGGAAGGGAGGGCACUUCUUCCCAGGGUCAGCAGCAACAGUACGGGUAUCAAUAUGGUCAUUAUGCAUAUGGCCAACAACAGCACCAGCAGCAGCAACAACCGGCAUCCCAUGGCUAUGGAUCGCAGCAUACCCAAGUGAUUUAUCAGAAUCAGCAUCAGCAGUCCUACCCCCCUUCGCAUUCUUCGACUCCACAACACCGGCCUAAAGAAAAGCGCGCCUCCCACUCCCACUCCCGCUCCCCGCAUCGGCAUCAAAAUCCCAUCCAACCACCACCGUACAAGGUUCGGAAAGGGUUCUGGAAUAGACGAGGAGAUCAUUUGACUCCGAUGGGCUUUAUCGUGUAUGCUCCGCCUGGGAUGACGUACCCACCGGAUUUGGCGAGUUAUCCGCCUGCUGUGGAUGCGAGCUCUGAGCCUCCGUCAUCUGCCUCUGAAGGGGGGUCGGAAAACGAGGAGCGUGACUCGGAUGGCGAAGGCGGUAGGGGUAACCGGAACGGCUCGAGGUCGGCGCUGUCAGGUGAACCAGGGAAGAGGAAGGUGGAGGUACCGGGAUAUAUGGAUGAGUAUGGGACAUUUACCAGGUGGGUUGAGAGACCAGAGCUGUUGGAGAGCUUGCCAAGGCAUGGGAAGCCUGCCGAGCAACCGUACGAGAGUUUUAUUGAGUGGGUUGCGCCGCUCGAUAGAACCACUGUCGACGGGCUUGGUAGGAAGACAAGUGGCUGA